AUGCUUCCAUCUGAAAUACUUAAUGAAGAUGAUCCUUCAUUACAAAAACCAAGCUUGGAGGAAGUUGCUAAAAUAACUAAAAGAACUAAAGAUGCCUUAGAAAAACUUACAAAAUCAAAAAUAAAUGCUGCAUUGCCUGUUCGAGCUGCAAACCUGUAUGCUCCAGUUCAAUGGUUCCGCUAUACACCUACUGAACAAGGAAAGGAAUAUAAUUCAGGAUCCAAACAGCGUGUUAUUCGGUUAGUUGAAGCACAGAAGGAUCCAAUGGAACCACCAAAAUUCCAAAUAAAUAAAAAAAUUCCACGUGGUCCCCCAUCUCCUCCAGCUCCCUUGAUGCAUUCUCCUACUAGAAAAACAUCCGUAAAAGAACAAAAAGAAUGGAAAAUUCCACCUUGUAUUUCAAAUUGGAAAAAUUUUAAAGGCUAUACAAUCUCACUAGCUAAAAGAUUAGCAGCUGAUGGUCGUGGUCUUCAGCAAAACCAUAUAAAUGAAAAGUUUGCCAAGCUAGCUGAAGCACUAUAUAUUGCUGAUCGUAAAGCUCGCGAGGCAGUAGAAAUGAGAGCCCAGUUAGAAAAGAAAAUGGCUCAAAAAGAAAAAGAAAAGAAAGAGGAACAUCUUCGGGUUAUGGCACAAAAAGCUAGAGAAGAAAGAGCUGGAAUACGGCUACCUGGUGCAAAGAAUGACGAAUCCCGUGAACGUGAUCAAUUGCGUAUGGAGCGACAAAAAGAUAGGGCACGAGAUCGUAACCUUGCAAGAAAUGCUGACAGUCGAAAGAAUAAAGUACUUAGAGACCGUGAUGUCAGUGAACAGAUUGCUCUUGGUCUGCCAGCUAUAUAUAAAAAAAAUGAAACUGAAUACGACACUUGAUUACUAAAUUCCACUUCUGGAAUAAAUACUGGAUUUAAGGAUGAUGAAGAAUAUGAUGUGUAUGACAAACCCUGGCAAGGGUCAUCUUUAGCACAUCAUAUUUACCGACCAACUGCCAAUAUUGAUGACACUUAUGGGGGUGAUUUGGACAAGAUUAAGACAAAUAGAUUUGUUCCAAAUAAGGAAUUCAGUGGAACUGAUCGUGAUUUUAAAACAAGUGGACGAUCUGGUCCUGUACAAUUUGAAAAACAUCAACAAGAAGAAGAUCCAUUUGGUUUGGAUCAGUUCUUAACACAAGCUAAGCAUGCAUCUAAACGAGCUCAACCUCAAACUGACCGAGAAAAGCGUAGAAGGAAAGAUUAAUUUUUUUUAAUUCAACACAUGACAAUAAUCACAACAAUGAUAAU